AAACCGCGCGCUAUUCUCUCUUAACCCCCCGUGCCUGCUUGCUCUGUCAAUUCCUCAUUUGCACACGACAACUAUCGACAGACGUUUUGUGUUCAAAGAGCUACGGCUCUUGCCACGAUUUAAGGGGUCUUGACUGCAAUCCAGACCACCCCUUUGGUCUUUCGUCUUCGCCAGCAGUGACUGAAGUCGGUACGAAACCGGCUUCCUGCUUCCUUGGCGCCUAACCGGUCUGUACUACCACAAUUGACAUCAGCGGCUUGCUCGCCGCUCGCCGACCAACCACUACCGCCGCCGCCGCCGCCGCUACAGACUGUCCGGUUGUUGGACGUGUACUGCGGUCGGUCGGCCACCUAGUCAACUCUGUUUUGCGCCAGCGUACGGCGCGAUCGCUUGCAGCCAGUUUUUAUUUUUACUUUUAUUCCAUUUUUUUUAUUCAUCCGUUUCCAGUUUCAUUUCAUAUCGGUUCACAAACUAGUGUAGUGGCAUCCACUACGGCCAACUGAACUUCGUCACGAGUCUCUACUACUACUGUCACUGCGAUUCGACCGACGGUCGGCCUCGACAACCCCACACUAUGGCUGCCACAAUGUCAAACUCAACCUCUUCCACGCCUCAAUUCCCGCCCCCGACACCGGGAUACACAUUUCCUGUCGACAAACUUCGGACUCGCCAGACACAAAAUGACAGGACCCCUUUGGUGCUGGUGGCCUGCGGGUCGUUCUCGCCCAUCACAUACUUACACUUGAGGAUGUUUGAAAUGGCUCGAGACCACUGCAGCCUAAACACCAACUUUGAGGUCAUCGGUGGCUAUAUCAGCCCCGUGUCGGAUGCAUAUAAGAAGGCUGGCCUCGCUCCGGCGCAUCACAGGAUAAAUAUGUGCAAGCUGUCACUAGCAUCAAGCUCUUGGAUAAUGGUCGACGAGUAUGAGACCUCGGUUCGGGACCCGACGACAAACGAGCCCGCCUAUACUCCGACAGCCCAGGUCCUCGCAAAGUUGGAUCACGAAAUCAACACCGUUCUGGGCGGCAUUCAGUCAGCAGAUGACCCGAACAAGAGGACACGCGCACGCAUCUGUCUUCUCGCCGGUGGCGACCUUGUGCUGACCAUGUCAACACCCGGCCUCUGGGCUCCCAGCGAUCUCGACGUCAUUCUUGGUCCCAAAUUUGGCGCCUUCAUUGUAGAGCGCUCGGGCACUGACACUGAAGAAGCAUUGGCAAGUCUCCAGCGGUACAGGGACAACAUCUGGGUAAUCCCACAAGUCAUCCAGAACGACGUCAGCUCAACCAAGAUUCGCCUGUUCCUUAAGAAGAAUCUCAGCAUUCGGUACUUGAUCCCAGACCCCGUUGUCAGGUACAUAGAGGAGCAUGGUUUGUUCAACGGCGAGUUUUCCGGCACCAGCAGCUCUAAGGAGGCAGAGCCGAGUCCUUCUGCCGCUUAGACAGCAUGUGCCUGUUACUUGGUCAAAUUUACCAUUUCGGCACUUGUUUUCUUUCUUUUUUUUUUUUUUUGGAUAUUAUCCC